AUGGAUAGUACAAUAAGUCCUGCUCUAGCGACUCAGACCGAGGAGCAUCCUGCGAUGUCACAGCGCAUUCAGAAUGCUGCUGACAUCUCUGUCAUUGUCAUCUACUUCAUAGCCGUGUAGCUGUGGGGCUGUGGGCCAAUGGUGAAAAGCAACAGGGGCACUGUUGGAGGCUUCUUCCUUGGCCGAGAUGUGGCUUGGUGGCCGGUAAGUGCCUCUCUCUUUGCCAGCAACAUUGGCAGCAACCAUUUUGUGGGCCUGGCUGGAACGGGAGCAGCUUCGGGGAUUGCUACUGCAGCAGUGGAAUGGAACGCCCUGCUUAUGGUGCUAGUUCUCGGGUGGGUGUUUGUUCCCAUCUACAUCAAGGCUGGGGUGAUGACCAUGCCGGAAUACCUCAGGAAGCGGUUUGGUGGGCAGAGACUUCAGAUCAGCCUCUCGGUCCUCUCCCUCUUCAUCAUGGUGGCCAUCCAAAUCUCUUCAAGCAUAUUUUCUGGAGCCAUAUUCAUUCAAAUAGCUUUGGGAUUGGACCUUUACCUGGCGAUCUUCAUCCUCUUGGUUAUCACUGCUGUUUACACAGUUGCUGGGGGCUUGGCCUCCGUGAUUUACACAGAUACUAUCCAGGCUUUCAUCAUGCUGGUUGGCUCUUUAAUUCUCAUGGGGUUUGCAUUUACUGAAGUCGGAGGCUAUGAGAGCUUCACAGAGAAGUACAUGAACGCCAUCCCCUCUGUAGUCGAGGGGGACAACCUGACGAUCAGCCCCGAGUGCUACACUCCUCAGCCGGACUCCUUCCACAUCUUCCGAGAUCCUAUCACUGGAGACAUUCCAUGGCCGGGCCUGAUAUUUGGAAUGAGCAUUUUAGCUAUAUGGUACUGGUGUGCAGACCAGGUCAUUGUGCAGCGCUGCUUAUGUGGUAAGAACAUGUCCCAUGUGAAGGCUGCCUGCAUCCUCUGUGAUUACCUGAAGCUGCUGCCCAUGUUCCUCAUGGUGAUGCCAGGGAUGAUCAGCCGGAUUCUGUACACAGAUAAGGUGGCCUGCGUUGUACCUUCUGAGUGUGUGAAACAGUGUGGCACUGAAGUUGGCUGUACCAAUUACGCCUACCCUAUGCUGGUGCUGGAACUGAUGCCUAAUGGACUUCGAGGCCUGAUGCUGUCUGUUAUGUUGGCUUCUCUCAUGAGCUCCCUGACCUCCAUCUUCAACAGCGCCAGCACCCUCUUCACCAUGGACCUCUACACCAAGAUGAGGAAGAAGGCGUCGGAGAGAGAGCUCCUGAUAGCCGGACGGCUCUUUGCCAUUGUUCUGAUCGUCAUCAGCAUUCUGUGGGUCCCCUUGGUGCAGGCGUCACAAAACGGGCAGCUCUUCCACUAUAUGUCCUCAUUUUCCAGCUACAUUGGGCCUCCGAUUGGUGCUGUCUUUAUGCUCGCCAUAUUGUGUAAAAGAGUCAAUGAACAGGGUGCAUUCUGGGGCCUAAUGGUUGGAUUUGUGAUAGGCCUUAUUCGUAUGAUCGCAGAGUUUGCAUAUGGAACAGGGAGUUGCUUAGCUCCCAGUAACUGUCCAGAGAUUAUCUGUGGAGUGCACUAUAUGUAUUUUGCCAUCAUUGUGUUUUUUCUUACCAUACUAGUCAUCCUGGGAAUCUCCUUCCUAACGAAACCAAUUCCUGAUGUUCAUCUGUACCGCCUGUGCUGGAGCCUUUGGAACAACACAGAAGAGCGUAUUGACUUAGACGCAGAGGAGGAAAGUCACGAAGAAGUUGGUAGUGCUCUUGAAGAAGAUGAUCCUGAGCAACCCCGUGGAUGUCUCAAGAGGGCAUGUAGCUUAUUCUGUGGUUUGCAGAAUACAGGGCCCAAGCUGAGCAAAGAGGAGGAAGAAGCCCUGAGGAAAAAGUUUACUGACACCUCUGAGAAGCCCUUGUGGAGAAAUGUGGUGAAUGUCAAUGCCAUCGUCCUCCUGACUGUGACCGUUUUUGUCCAUGCCUAUUUUGCCUGA